AUGUCUGUGGUUCGGUUAUCAACCGAAGACAGCAAUUCAGAGCCAAAAAGAGUCAGAAUAGAGGCCCCGUUGGUUUUGGGCUUCUCGGUCGACGAUAAGAUCGAAACUAUCCAACCCUAUGACGAUGCUUUGGUGGUCACACUCAGGAUAGGAGGGUAUGAUGUGAAAAGAGUGUUGGUAGAUCAGGGAAGUGCUGUUGAGAUAAUGUACCCCGACCUGUACAAGGGACUAAAUUUGAAACCCGAGGACCUAACAGCGUACGAUUCCCUACUAGUAAGUUUCGAGGGGAAGACAGUUACUCCAAGAGGUCAAAUUAGACUGCCCAUACAGACCGGUUUGGAUGUGGUGGGAGUGGACUUCAUUGUGGUGGAUGUUUAUUCAUCUUAUACGGCUAUUGUGGCUAGACCUUGGCUUCGUGCCUUAGAAGUCGUUUCUUCUACCCUAUACCAGAAGGUGAAAUAUCCGUCCAAUGGCUAUGUUAAAGAGAUUGUAGGGAAUCAGUCCAUGGCUAGGCAGUGCGUGGUGGCUGCCAUCUUACAUAGGCCCAAUGCGGAGUCCUCAACCUCUACUGAAAAGGACUUAUAG